AUGGAGGACGAUAACAAUACCGUGAUACCCAACUUACAUGGUCUCUGGAUCGAAUGUAGCGAACCAACUUGCAAAAAGUGGCGUUACGUAGCGAACAUCGAUGACCCGCUUGAAGUACCCGAAAAAUGGUAUUGCUACAUGAAUUCUGAUAAAUCAACAAACAAAUGUUCGACGCCAGAGUGCGUGGAACUCCCAAAGGACGAAAUAUUCAUCGAGAGUGCAUUUAAGGCGGGGAGUGUCGUGUGGGCCAAAGUAAUCGGGCAUCCAUGGAGUCCGGCGAUGAUCGACUUCUGUCCCGACUCUAAGCGAUUCUAUUGGUUCGACAAUCCCAAUUCGACCGUACCGAGCCAGUAUUACGUGACAUUUUUUGGUAAAACUAUGGUGACCCGGGCCUGGAUUAAAAGCAAUUUCUUCAAACCAUUUGUCGGAAAUGAGAAUCCCUCGUUUGCCCUAAAGGCUAGGAUGCGUGGAAAAAAUUUGACCGUUUCACAACGCAAGAAGAUCGUUGAAGGCUGUUCCAUCGCGGAGGAGGCAAUGCAUCUAACAAUUUUUCAGAGAUUGAAAAAGUACAGUUACAAUUCAUGGAGAUUGGCGAAGCAGCUUUCUAAAUUGUUUAAGAAUGCAGAGAAUAGUACUAAUUCAAAUCAACCUGCUCCUCGUGCAGAUUACGGUAGCUCUGAAAACGAAGCUGGGCUGAGCGGUGUCGAAGAGAAUACCCUGAUCGUCGUAAACGACAGGCCGAGAAGAACCCUGGAGCAACCAAUAAAAAAAGAACAGGAAAAAUAUUCGGCGAAGAAUUCAUUUGAAGAUGAGAAGACACCCGUAGUAACGAAAGCAAAAAAUGAGAAAACAAAACUCAAUGAUAGUGGGAUAAAUAAUGCUACCGAGAUGUCAAGUAGCUCGAACUGUGAUUCGCUUGACGACACUCGUAGCGUUAAUUCGAGCCUUCUCCAAGACUCCCUCACGUUUAAACACGACGGAACAUAUCUGGCUCCCUUGAACGUAGAAGCGAUUGACACGAGGGUAGAGCAGAAAAACGAAGGUGUAGCACAAAAACCUUCGGUUCUCUCUGACAAGAAACAGCUGAACUUAUCGGGAAUUCGUAAAUCAGUGAACAAACCAUUCCGAAAGCUGACUGUGAAUUCCAACGUUACUGAAACGGAAAACGAAAAACCACCGUCGAACAACAAAGUCAUCGAAAAGGGCGAGGCAAAUAUAGUCAAAUCGCCCGAAGUGAUAGAGUGCUCACCUCAACGUCCACCCAGUAGACUUUCUCUGAUGUUGAGACCCCUCGCCGAGGACAGAAAGAAUCGGUUCAACCUGCAAGGAUCGAUGACAGAAACGUUGAUUGGGAAUGACAAAGAGAACGAACUUACGGGAUCUCGUUACCUUAAAGCACUCUCCGAAUUGACACCGAGGGACGAAUCGGCUCAUGGAAGUUGGACUCAGUCUGGCUACAGAAGCAGAAACCACACUUCCGCUGUCCGCAAACUACCGGCGUGGUUCUUUGACGACAAGAAGAGGGAGGAACAGCAGGAGAGAAGCUUUGAGAAAGUGAUUUCUCGAAUGUCAAGCGCCGGUGAUAUCGACAGGAUUCGUACCGAGGCCAGGCAGAGCCUGCUCAGUGAUACCUCAGGAGAAUCAGGUCCGACUGUAAGUCGACAGAACGAGAGCUUGGAAAAACGACCGCAGCAAAUUCAGUACGCCGAGCUGUUCACUAGUGAUGAGGAUUAA